AUGAAUCUGAAUUUAUUUGAAUUGACAAAAUACUAUUGGAAUGAGGUUGAUAUCUGCCUAACCAAAUUCAUAGGCUCGACAAGUAUAACCCAGGAUCUAUUAAAUACUCCUUGGAGUAAAUAUAUUACAGAAUCAAUAAUCAUUACUUCCAUUGUACUUAUAAUUUACGAACUGAUAUACUGGACAGGAAUUCAUUUUAAACUAUGGGAAUACCAUGCCAAGGAUAUAUUUACAGAAGUCCCAAUACAUUGUGCUCAUGUUUAUGUUAGAUUGAACGUUAGUUCACGAGAUAAAGCCAAGUAUAUUGAUGAAUACUAUGAAUUGAAACAAAAUUCCAAAUACAAUAUUUUGAACUGGAAAUGUUUGAGUGAUAAGAAAGAAGAAGCUUUCACUAACGAGGAGUUUGUAAAAUAUCAUUUUGAGUUCAGCCCUGAAGAUUUUGAAAUGAAUCAAGAGCCUGAAUUUGGUUCGACCAUUUCUCACUUAAGAUCUAAGAUCUUGGAGUUAUUCAAGUCAUCUAAAGUAUUUGAAAAAUAUGUAGACGGUCAAGAUUCGAAGGAUGUGAUAAUCUUCAACAAACAUUCAGAAAAAAUAACCAAUGACAAAGAUAAUGAAUAUUUAGUCAAAUGUUCGAUUGAAACCGGUGAUGUGAUAGAUUGUAUUAUAAUCUGUCCUUAG